AUUCUCGAAAUCUCGAUUCUUCUAAUAUUUUCCAAACGAUUGAAAAGCUCUUGUGUGUGAUUCAUUUUGUUGAAUAAAACGAGUGUACGUUGAAUUACAUUGGACGUCUGUUUCACAACAGUGUGUCAUUCGUGUGGAUAGGUUUCGUGUUUGAAGGUAAAUUUGUGAUUAUGGGAUCCAAUAAUCCUGAACAGAACAAAAUAGUUGGAGCUCUUACGUUCCCAACAAGAAGUGAAGACAAUGCACAAACAGCACCGGUACAACCUAGGCAACCUAGGAACUUACAGGGUCUUUUACGGUUUGCCAUGGAGGCUACAAAGGCAGAAGAUGCACCAGGCAACUCAGAGUUUGGUCCUAUGGAUGAAGAGCGACGCAAAUUCUUAGAAGAAGCUCUUAAAAGUUUAACAGUGAAUGUAGCAGAAGUGCUGCAGAAGGCCAUUACAACUCUGACUAACACAGAGAAGAUACACAGCAUCCAACUGGGACAGCCGCUACCUGACGAUGUUGAUACUGCUUUUAACAACUUGUUGGAGUUUAUUGAUCAAAUUGAUACUGCCAAUGAUUUCUACAAAAUGGGUGGCUUUGCAAUGUUUCCUAUAGCAUAUGGCAGUGAGAAUGAUGAUAUCAGAGCUCGUGCUAGCUCUGUACUAGCUGAGCUGUGUCAGAACAACCCCUUCUGCCAAGCAAGAGCCCAUGAGUGUGGACUGCUUAAUGUAUUGUUGAAUCUAGUACAGAGCGAACGGGGAAAUGCACUCACUAAGUGCUUGUAUGCUUUGUCUUGCGCCACUCGUGAGUACGAACCUGCAUGCCGCGAGCUGGUGGCGCAGGGCGGCUGCGAGGCGCUCGCGCAGCUGCUGCGCACUCCAGAAACCUCCGCCAGGACGAAAGUAGCCUUCUUCAUUAGAUACCUGUGCCACAACUGUCCCGAAGCUAAAGAACAAUUCAUCAAUUUGAACAUUGUCGCUAUAAUAGCAGAACAAAUUAAAACAUGCCGGGAUGCUUCGACUGAACAUCUUCUUAGCACUCUUGUAUCCCUCACGGAAGGGAUGCCUCCUGAGGUAGUUCGCCAGUGUAGAGACCCUAGUAUUGGACUACAGAAGAUCAUAGAUGAUCACCUCAAACUUCUAGAGUUAGAAGGAGAUCGUUAUAGAGAAGAAAAAGAGUAUUGUCAAUUGUUGAAACAAAUGUUUGAAAAUUGUCCACCUGUUGAAAAUGUUUGUGAAGAAGUCGCCGAUAGAUAGAUUUGCUAAGACUGUUUUGGUAGGCGUUUGCGAUCUUUUCCUUACCAUAUUCGUAGUAUAAUAAGAGCAAGUAACUCCCGCCUGUUCGGCGCGUAAAUGCCUGCAGUUAGUGUUGCGUCAUGAAAAAAUUCCAUUUUGAAAAAAAUAUAUUUUUUUGAGAAAAUUAAAUAUUUUUUAUGAUAUUUUUCCUUUAAUUUUCCACAUUUGACGUUGACACCUGUUUAAAGUUGAAGUUUCUGAACGAAAACGAUGGAGCCAUUGAAAGGUUUUUUUUUUCACUUUUGUGAAAUCAUUUAAAUCUCGCUUUUCUAUAAGUGGCUUUUAGCUAUAAAAAUUUAUUUUAUAAUUCACGCUAAAUAAAACUUCAUAAUAUAUUUCUGAACGUAGAAUGUAAUCUGACCGUUCGAAAUUAUAUUUUUACAAUUCUUCGGGAUUUUUUCCGGAAAAAUGUCUACUAUUUGAAAUUUUUCGGAAAAUUACCCAACACUGCCUACACUUCGCUCGGAGCUCGGUUACAUUAAAACUUCAGUUGUACCUACAGGUUGUGUUCAUCACAGUAAUCUCAUGCUAUAUUGAAAUAACCUUUAUAUGUAUUCAUAUUGCAUCGUGGAUUGCCAUCUUGAUUAUGGAAUAUGAUUAUGAAAUAGAAAUAAAAUGCCAUUCUACAUUGAAAUAAUCUUUGUUCGCGCGUACACAUACAAGCCGCACAGCUACGUUUGUAUGGAGUUACCAUACUUCUUAUUAUACAUCUUUACUUUGAGUGUUGUAUGUAGUGUUGAAUGUUCAUUGUGGGUUCCUUGUUUGUAUAUGUACUAAUUUAAGUCAUUGUCUUUGUCGGCGUUAUUAAAGCACAUAAAGCGCAGGUCACACCGCCAACGAAUCUAGCUAACAUAGCUCACGUUGUUGCAGAAUUAGCAAAAAAAAAGCACAAAAGUUUGGAGUAUGAGGUUUUUGAACAGACCGACAAUGAUCGUUUGGUGAUUGUAAAAGUAGAUUAGUCUAAUACUGUAAAAUUGUAGAAGUCGCUAGUAUAUAAAAUAUAUGGCUGAAUCUGUGUAACUAUCAUGGACUAAUAACUCGAGAUGACUUCUAAUCUCCUACAGAUCGUAACUCUGAAAAAGUGCAAAAUCCCGUCUUACAACCAGAUGGCGCUGAUCAAUAGCAUCGAUGUAGUUUAUAUUAUGUAAAUGGCCGUGGAUAUAAAUUAAUUCCUCUUUAAUAUUAAAUAUAAGAAGUCCUUUUUCCUUGUAAUAUUAUUCAAAUACAAUGUGUUGAUUUGCGUUCUCGCCAUUUUUACAGUGACUGUCAGGAUGGCUGGUCGCCUGGUGUGGCACUGAGUGUA